GCGUCACUCCGCUUCCGGCCGGAGCGCGGGGUCGAAUGGGCGGCAGGCGGCGACGGGGACCUGAGGGCGUGUGCUGAGGUCUGGCCUGUGCCUCGCGGGGCCCGCCUCUGAGCGGCGCGGGGCGGAGGGCGGCGACCUGCAGUCUAAGAGCUCGAAAAAGGGGCAGGGAGUGCUCUUCAGACAAACUGUAGAUGUCCUGGGCUUCAAGAUGAAGGCAGCAGACUCACAACCCAUAGGCAUGUUCCACAAUGAAUUUUGGAAUCCACACCAUGAACUUCAAGAAUGUCUGAACUGGAAUUCUCAUAAAGAAACUGAUCCUGCAUGUGAGAUGGCUGUGCCUGCUCACCAGAUCCUAGCCUUUCCUGAGCAGACAAUCACCAAAGACUGGACAGUGGCACCUGAGCUCGUCUUGCCUGAGUCCCAGAUCUCGUUGACAUUUGAAGAAGUGGCCAUGUAUUUUUCCCAGGAAGAAUGGGAGUUCCUGGAUCCCACUCAGAAGGCCCUCUACAAUGAUGUAAUGUGGGAAAACUAUGAGACUGUCAUCUCUCUAGCUGUGCCUGUUCAUCAGAUCUUAGCCUUUUCUGAGAAGACAAACACCAAAGACUGGACAGUGGCACCUGAGCUCGUCUUGCCUAAAUCCCAGAGCUCGUUGACAUUUGAAGAAGUGGCCAUGUAUUUUUCCCAGGAAGAAUGGGAGUUCCUGGAUCCCACUCAGGAGGCCCUCUACAAUGAUGUAAUGCGGGAAAACUAUGAGACUGUCAUCUCUCUAGCAUUGUUUGUGCUCCCCAAACCUAAGGUGAUCUCGUAUCUAGAGCAAGGGGAAGAGCCAUGGGUUCAAGGGUCCACGGAGCUCAAGGACAGUCCUGGAGAGCUGCCUACAGGAAUAAAGCACAAAAGUGACACUGAAAACCAUCAGCCUAUACGUGUUUCUGAUUUAGAAAUACAAGCACCAGGAGACAUAGUAUCAAAAAAGGCCCGAGCAAAAGUUCCCCAGAAAACAACAGGCAAAGAAAACCAUGGUGAUACACACAGGAUGGCGAAGUGGCACCAAGAGUUUCCAAUGAACCAAACAAAGGAACUUUCAAUCUGGGAAGAUGAGCUGCAGAGACUUAUGGAUCUUCACAAGAAAGCCCGUGCAGUAGAGAAGCCUUUUACAUGCCAGGAGUGUAGGAAAAACUUCAGACUUACCUCUGAUCUUACUAAACACAAAAAAAUUCACACUGAAGUGAAGCCGUAUAAAUGUCAGCAUUGUGGUAAGAGCUUUAGAGGGAAAUCAGAUCUUAAUAAGCAUGUAACAAUACACCAAGGAAUAAAACCAUACAAAUGUUCCUGGUGUGGGAAAAGCUUCAGUCAAAAUUCAAAUCUCCGUACACACCAAAGAACUCACACUGGAGAGAAACCCUUUAUGUGUUAUGUAUGUGGAAAGAAAUUCAGUCAGAAUUCUCACCUUACUAAACACCGGAGAACCCACAUGUAGCAUCAGCAUGAGAAGCUAGCAGGCAGUCAAGCCUUAUUACACACCAGAAACACCACCACUGAACGGACACUUCUACUUCUUCCAAAAAGAGGAAAUCCACCAAGUACGGCCGAGCCCUGAUGUUUAUGAAAAAAUACAAAAUUAUGAAACAUGAAUAAUUCUACAUCAAUGGAAAAUUUGGUGAUAUAAACAUGUUUCUCAGAAAAGAAUCAAGGUUGACUCUGCAGGGGAUGCGUUAAUUUUGUACUAGUUAACGUUUUUACGUGUAAAUCUUCAGGGAAUUCCUUGCAAGAAAGAUGUUCAAAGAACAUUCUGCGUAAGGAAUAUACUAUUUUGUGAUUGUACCUGGCAGCAAAUUCACCUUCAAAUAGCAAAUACAUCUCUGAAUUAAUCAGUC